AGGAAAAAAAAUGUACAUCUGGUCUAAAUGGAAGAAAACAAGACCUGAAAGUCCUUUUCUCUGUGUGAAGCCACUUCCCCUGAAGGUGUGUUCAGGUAGUGACAGAAGGGCUAUAAAUGGACCCCAGGAUGCUCACAGCCACACUUGGCUCAGCCAUGGCCAUACAGAGUUUGCUGCAGCACAUGGUGGGCUCCAGCUUGCUGUUUUAUUUGGCAGCAGGGCUGGUCGCUCUCCUUUACUUUCUUACCAGCUCAAAGAAGCCGGUUCGCAGUCUGCCUCCCGGCCCACGGCCUCUUCCUCUGAUCGGGAACUUGAACGUGGUGGACCUGAAAAAGCCGUUCCAGUCGCUGACAGAGCUCUCCAAGAGAUAUGGCAGUGUCUUCACUGUGCAUUUUGGACCCAGGAGAGCUGUGGUAUUGGCUGGAUAUGAAACCAUCAAGGAUGCCCUUUUAAACCAUGCUGAAGAAUUUGGAGAGAGAGCAGAAAUACCCAUAUUUAGGCAAAUGACACAAGGAAAUGGCAUAGCAUUCAGCCAUGGAGAGCGAUGGAAAACUAUGAGAAGAUUCACCUUGUCCACACUGCGAGAUUUUGGAAUGGGGAAGAGAACCAUUGAGAUCCGAAUCCUGGAGGAAGUGAACUCCCUCAUUAAAUACUUUGAAUCCUAUCACGGGAAGCCAUUUGAUACGAAGAUGAUACUCAACAACGCUGUAUCCAAUGUCAUCUGCUCUAUAUUGUUUGGAGAAAGGUUUGAAUAUGAUGAUCCUGUCUUUCUAACUUUAUUGAAGAUGCUAAAUGAAAACGUUAAGCUGUUGGGCUCCCCUAUGGUGCUGUUAUAUAAUUUCUACCCAUCGCUUGGAUUCCUCUCUGGAGCUUCCAGGACUGUGCUACAAAACAUCAGUGAACUGAGCGCUUUUCUCCAGAAGCUUUUCCAGGAACACAGAAAAGAGUUUAAUGAAAAUAACUUAACGGGCUUUGUCGAUGCCUUUCUGAUGAAGCAACAACAGGAAUCAAAGAAACCCCACACUAUGUUCGACAAUGGAAACCUGUUGUUUUCAACCCUGGACCUCUUUGCCGCUGGGACCGAGACCACUUCCACGACUGUGCGCUGGGGUCUUCUUCUGAUGAUGAAGUACCCGGAAAUCCAGAGAAAGAUUCAGGAAGAAAUGAACCACGUCAUUGAACCAGGAGAGCUGCCGAAGUUGGAGGACCGGAAAAAAAUGCCUUAUACAGACGCAGUGAUACAUGAAAUACAAAGGUUUGCCAAUCUCGUACCAAUGAGCGUAUCACGAUCAACUCCUGCCGAUGUGAAUUUCCGAGGUUACGUGAUUCCUAAGGGUACGGAGAUUAUUCCGCUGCUGACCUCCGCUCUGAAGGACGAGUUACACUGGAAAACCCCGGAUCAGUUCAACCCUUCUCACUUCCUGGAUGCCAACGGGAACUUCGUUAGGAGAGAGGCAUUUAUUCCAUUCUCCAUAGGACGAAGGGCUUGCGCUGGAGAAGGACUGGCCAAAAUGGAGCUGUUCCUCUUCUUCACGGGCUUGCUGCGCAGGUUUGUUUUCCAACCUGCUCCAGGAGUGGAUAAGUCAGACCUGGAUCUCACUGCUGACGUGGGCUUUACCUUGACCCCCAUGCCUCACCUGGUUUGUGCUGUGCCCUAUGAAUGA